UUGAGUGCAGAACCAUUUCAGAGAGAAAGUUCCAGAGAGAGAUUCACAGGGAUGGAUCAUGAAGGAAUGUCAGGCUUUUGCUUUAAACCAGCUGGAAAUGUUCGUGAUGGUGGUGGUAAUGGUUGUUCUGGAACAAAGUGUGGGCGGUGGAAUCCGACAACUGAACAGGUUCAAGUUCUGACUGACUUGUUCCGAGCAGGACUCCGUACGCCGAGUACUGAUCAGAUACAAAAGAUCUCCACUCAGCUUAGCUUUUACGGAAAGAUUGAAAGCAAGAAUGUGUUUUAUUGGUUUCAGAACCAUAAAGCCAGAGAAAGACAGAAGCGUCGCAGAGUUUCUGUCGAUGAUGAUGACAUAACUUUGAUCCUUCGAGAUCAUGACAGGUUCUCCUCUUCAAAACAUUUUGUAGAGAUAAAUCAUCAUGUCUACGACCAGCCGGAGAGAGCGAUUGAGACGCUUCAACUUUUCCCAAUAAGCUCAUUUGAUGAGAGGGAGGCAGAGAAGCUGAUGAGAUUUCAUGGCAAUGAAUCUUGCAAGGGAGAUAUGGGUUUUCCUUACACUAAAUUUGGAUCAACAGAACAUCCACCAUUGGAUCUACGAUUAAGCUUUCUGUAGACCCUAAAAAAAAACCCAUCAAGUCAAGCGUCGAAUCUAAAGAGAUUAUUUCUUUAUGGUUCGAUGAUGAUUUUGGGUAAAUUAGAGGGAAGAAAGGGAAAAAUGAAGGUUUGUCGUUUAAAAUAUAUGUAGUGGAAAAUGGGGGGCUCUGCAUGAUCAUAGAAGGAACGUUAAUUAGUUUUAUCUCUCUGAGUUUUAGUAUGUUGGAUUGUAUUUUUUUUAACAUGAA